AUAAAAAAGCAGCUCAGAGCCGACGGGCUCUUCUGGGCACUGAGUCGGAACAGGAUUCUCUCACCCAGGCAUCGCCAGUGGGAUCCGCCAGCACACCCAGCAGCACCAUGUGGGUGACCAAACUCCUGCCAGCCUUACUGCUGCAGCACGUCCUCCUCCACCUCCUCCGGCUUCCCAUUGCCACCCCCUAUGCAGAAGGACAGAAGAAAAGAAGAAACACACUUCAUGAAUUCAAAAAGUCAGCAAAGACUACUCUAAUUAAAGAAGACCCAUUACUGAAGAUAAAAACAAAAAAAAUGAACACUGCAGACCAAUGUGCCAAUAGAUGUAUUAGGAAUAAAGGACUUCCAUUCACUUGCAAGGCCUUCGUUUUUGACAAAGCAAGAAAGCGAUGCCUCUGGUUUCCUUUCAAUAGCAUGUCAAGUGGAGUGAGAAAAGAGUUUGGCCAUGAAUUUGACCUCUAUGAAAACAAAGACUACAUUAGAAACUGCAUCAUCGGUAAAGGAGGUAGCUAUAAGGGAACAGUAUCUAUCACUAAAAGUGGCAUCAAAUGCCAGCCCUGGAAUUCCAUGAUACCACACGAACACAGCUUUUUGCCUUCGAGCUAUCGGGGUAAAGACCUACAGGAAAACUACUGCCGAAAUCCUCGAGGGGAAGAAGGGGGACCUUGGUGUUUCACAAGCAAUCCAGAGGUACGCUACGAAGUCUGUGACAUUCCUCAGUGUUCAGAAGUUGAAUGCAUGACCUGCAAUGGGGAAAGUUAUCGAGGUCCCAUGGAUCAUACAGAAUCAGGCAAGAUUUGUCAGCGCUGGGAUCAUCAGACGCCACAUCGGCAUAAAUUCUUGCCAGAAAGAUAUCCCGACAAGGGCUUUGAUGAUAAUUAUUGCCGCAAUCCUGAUGGCAAGCCGAGGCCAUGGUGCUAUACUCUUGACCCUGACACCCCCUGGGAGUACUGUGCAAUUAAAAUGUGCGCUCACAGUACUGUGAAUGACACGGAUGUCCCUAUGGAAACAACUGAAUGCAUUCAAGGUCAAGGAGAAGGUUACCGGGGCAUCAUCAAUACCAUCUGGAAUGGAAUUCCCUGUCAGCGUUGGGAUUCCCAGUAUCCUCACCAGCAUGACAUAACUCCUGAAAAUUUCAAGUGCAAGGACUUAAGAGAAAAUUAUUGCCGAAAUCCAGAUGGGGCUGAGUCACCGUGGUGUUUUACCACUGAUCCAAACAUCCGAGUUGGCUACUGCUCCCAAAUUCCAAAAUGUGAUGUGUCAAGUGGACAAGAUUGUUAUCGUGGGAAUGGCAAAAACUAUAUGGGCAAUUUAUCCAAAACACGAUCUGGACUAACAUGUUCGAUGUGGGACAAGAACAUGGAAGAUUUACAUCGGCAUAUCUUCUGGGAACCAGAUGCUAGUAAGCUGAAUAAGAACUACUGCCGGAAUCCUGAUGAUGAUGCCCAUGGUCCCUGGUGUUACACGGGGAAUCCUCUCAUUCCUUGGGAUUACUGCCCUAUUUCUCGUUGUGAAGGUGAUACCACACCUACAAUAGUCAAUUUAGACCAUCCUGUAAUAUCUUGCGCCAAAACAAAACAAUUGCGAGUUGUAAAUGGAAUUCCAACACGAACAAAUGUAGGAUGGAUGGUUAGUCUGAAAUACAGAAAUAAACAUAUCUGUGGAGGAUCAUUGAUAAAGGAAAGUUGGAUUCUUACUGCAAGACAGUGUUUCCCUUCUCGAAACAAAGACUUGAAAGAUUAUGAAGCUUGGCUUGGAAUUCAUGAUGUCCAUGGAAGAGGAGAUGAGAAACGCAAACAGGUUCUAAAUGUUACCCAACUGGUAUAUGGGCCGGAAGGAUCAGAUCUGGUAUUACUGAAGCUUGCUAGGCCUGCUGUUCUGGAUGACUUUGUUAGUACAAUUGAUUUACCUAAUUAUGGAUGCACAAUUCCUGAAAAAACCACUUGCAGUGUUUAUGGCUGGGGCUACACUGGAUUGAUCAACUCGGAUGGUCUAUUACGAGUAGCACAUCUCUAUAUUAUGGGGAAUGAGAAAUGCAGCCAAUAUCAUCAAGGGAAGGUGACUCUGAAUGAGUCUGAAAUAUGUGCUGGGGCUGAAAAUAUUGUAUCAGGACCAUGCGAGGGAGAUUAUGGUGGCCCACUGGUUUGUGAACAACAUAAAAUGAGAAUGGUUCUUGGUGUCAUCGUUCCUGGUCGUGGAUGUGCCAUUCCAAAUCGUCCUGGUAUUUUUGUCCGAGUGGCAUAUUAUGCAAAAUGGAUACACAAAAUUAUAUUAACGUAUAAGGUACCACAGUCAUAG